AUAAAGUUUGGCUAUAGAAAGUAAAUUACAAAGCGUAUUUCUUCAUAUUAAAGUAAAACAUAGCCUCUCAAGUUAAGCCUAGCCCUUACCGUCUAUAUUUAUUGUAAGUGAUUACGGAACUGACACACGGAAUUUUACUGGUGCUGUUGUUAAGAAGCUUUUUAUAGUGGAAUAGAAAUCAGCGUAUCAUUCAUUAAAUACUUGGUAUUAACAGACAGAAUUGAAAGAACUAAAUAUAAUUUAAAAGAUGUGAUUAUAUUUUUGAAAAUGGUGGAAUUCGUACUCCGUGAAAGACAUAAAUGGAUACUGCAGAUCACUGGAGACAGUGGACCUAAAUUAUUACAUGAUAAUUUCCUCAUAGAAAUGAAAUGGAUAAAUUAAGAAAGGGAAGAAAAGAUUCUAAAUGUAUAUUGUGUGAAAAGAGAACAAAAUCCGGAAAAUAAAGACCUUUGUGUGGAGAAACAAAUAAAAAUCUGCGCAAUUUUCUCAGUAAGAAUUUCCUUGUUUCACCCAAUGAUGAUGACGUUAUCUGUGAUACUUGUCGACGGAAAUACUACAGAGAAGGGCAAGCACAAGUAAAUACACCCACUGUCCUUACAACUGAUACAAAUGCAAAUGAUCCUGAUUUUAUGCCACCAUCUGCACCUAAAAGAGCAAAAUUAAGUUCUCCUUUAUCAAUAUCGCUUCCGAUAUCUUCAACAAUUAAAGGUCAUGCACAAUGUUGUCUUUGCAAAAAGCGUGGUCCAAAACUUAUGGUUGUUCCACAAGAAGCACGAUUUCAUACAUUUUUGGAAAAGAAUAUAAUUAUUCCUGCCGGAUCACGGUGCUGUCCUCGUCAUUUAUGUACUGAAGGUUUUACAAAAGAAGCUAACGAAGACAUAACUAGUGUGUAUACUGUUUCUGACUUCAAUCGCAGCGGACUACUUGAAUUGAUAGAUACAAUAAGAGAACAUGCAUUAAAAAAUAAAAACGCAAGAAUUGAUUUUGAUAAAUCUUCUUCUUUAAAUGACACAGACUUUCGAAAUUUGACUGGCUUAACUAUUACUGAUUUUGAAGACUUAUGUUCUCACAUUCCAAACUCAGCUAUAAGAGAUACCCGAGUACGAAGCAUGAGAACAUGUAUUGGUAUAUUUUUGACCAAACUUCGUUCGGGUAUGUCUAAUAAGAUAUUAGCAACUUUGUUUAAUAUAAGCAAAGAUUCUAUCAGGAAAGCUAUUUCAUCCGCAAGAGAUGCAGUUAAACAGCACUUUACACCAAAAUAUUUAGGAUUUGAUCAUGUAUCCCGAGAAAGUGUUAUACAAAACCAUACUCGUCCACUGGCACAAACAUUAUUUGGUGAUAUCACAAACACAACUGCCAUACUCGUAAUUGAUGGUACAUAUAUUUACAUACAAAAGAGUGGACAAUUUAAAUUUCAACGUAGUACAUACAGCAUGCACAAAUUUCGCAACCUCAUUAAGCCAAUGAUGUUUGUCACAACUACAGGAUACAUUGUAAGUGUGAUUGGACCCUACCUUUGUAACAGCAAAAACAAUGAUGCCAAAAUUUUAAACUCAAUUUUCAAAAAAAACUUGGAGAAAAUCAAGGAAUGGUUCGAUAAAGAUGAUGUUGUUGUGGUUGAUCGGGGAUUUCGAGACAGUAUCGACCUCUUAGAAGAAUUUGGUAUUCAAACUAAAAUGCCAAGCUUUCUCAAACGUAACAAGAAGCAGCUUUCGGUUGAAGACGGUAACACAACACGUUUAGUUACAAAGGUCCGCUGGGUUGUUGAGUCCGUGAAUGGUAGAAUCAAGCAGUGGCGCUUGCUUGACAAGGUAUUACCAAAUUCCCUUAUACCAUAUGCUGGUGAAUAUACACGUUUUGUAAGUGCCAUAUGUAAUAAGUAUAGACCACCACUUAAUGCUGGUAAUGAAACUGAUGACCUUCUCUUAGGUACAAAAAUGCUUCACAUGUCAAAGAAGAAAAAUGAGCUCAUGGAACGCGUUUCAAAUGAAAACUUGCAUUCCAGAAGUGGUAGGUGGCAAAAAAUUGAUGGCAACGAUUCCGUUGAAGAUUUUCUGAAACUGUCGGAGGAGGACAUCAGGGACAUAACUCUCGGUGUAUACCAGGUUAAACUAGCAAAGAGUUAUACUGAGAAACAUCUAGAAAAUGACGAUUACUAUGAAGUCAUGCAACAGGGACAUCAACUUAUUAGAGUUAGAAUGGCAAGUAGACAUACAAGCAGCAAAACGCAUAACCUAUGGAUUACAUAUGAUGACUGCUGCAUAAAAACUUGGUACUGUACUUGCAAGGCCGGUGCUUGAAUUGUUGGUACUUGUAGUCACAUUUCGUCAGUUAUAUGGUUUCUAAGUUUUUACCGGCAUCAAACCAAAGAAAAUCAAGCAAAGCAAUGGAAGGACUAUGUCCAUGAUGCUAACCAGCCGGAAGUAGUUGAUGAUAGUGACAGUGAACCGGAGGAGUAAACAUGUUUAGCAUUUGUAUUUAACUGAACAAUGACUUGGACAUAUAUAGGCAUAUAAUAUAAUUCCAUUUUUGUUUUGUAUGUCUUUGUUGGGAAAAAACUGACGUGCGUCGAUAUCAGGGUACUAUUAUAACAUGUGAAAAGUUUCUAAAGAUAAAUGUGCUAACAGUAUUUCAAUAAAUUUGAGUAAUUUUUGAAAUGCAUAGUUUAUGAAAUUGUGAACUUUAUCAGCAGAGUACAUAAAAGUACACACCAACUCAUUUUUAGUAAUUUAAGGUAAAAGAAAACACAAACAAUAACUGUAGAUUCCCUUUAAUUUAGUCAUACAUAGAACGAAUGUUAAU